ACAUAGUAUUAGCAUAGCAUCAUAAGCAUUUUUGUCAAUAAAGCAUUUUAAAAUAUCACAAAACCGAAAAUUAGAUAGGUAAAUUAAAAGAUCUUUACCAUUUUGGUGACUAAUUUGUAAGAUUUUCUUUUUGUAAGAAUUUGUGUGACCAAAACUUGUUUUUCCUUCGAAAUCUGAAAAUUAAUCAGAUUGUUAUUGAAAGAGAACAAGAUUUGUCGAUAUCAUAAAAGAGCGUCUCGAGGUGGACCCCUAUCGGUUAGCACAGCUGAUUCUGAACCUCUCGGUCUGUCGUUUUGCUCUCUCCAAGCUCCAGCCAUGGUGACUCUCUUCUAACCGUGAGACCAUCUCUCUCAUCUUUCUUCUCCCCCAAGUUUCUUCGUUCAGUGCUCUCUUUCGUGAAACCUCUCAUCCUAAGCUGAACUCACAAGGUUUCUCAUGGCGAAAACAUCUGAAACUUCUCCCUCGACUCACGGAACUGGUCUCGAACCUCCAAGAUCCGAUACACUCGGAGAUGCGUCUGACACCAAACUUCCUUCUGACCUCACCGGCGUCUCAGCCGCGACUGGCUCUCAGAAACGCGGCCGUGGUCGGCCGCCAAAACUCAAAUCCUCCGACUCCCAGCUAAACGGUGCCGUUCCAGCUAGAAAACCUAGGGGUCGCCCGAGAAGAAACAGAGCUCAAGCGGCAGCUGUUCCGACGACGGUUGUGAAGAGCGGCCGUGGUAGGCCAAAGAGGUCAAACACUCUGUCUGCGGCGGAGACUCUGGUUGAUGGAUCUAGAAAGCGUGGGAGGCCAAAGAAAGAUGACGUGGCGGCUCCAGCUAAGAAACGUGGAAGGAAACCUAAAAGUGAACAAGUUGCUAAAAGGAGUGUGGGAAGGCCGAAGAAGGCAACAGAAGGUAGUACCGGACAGGGAGCUGGAGACCCGAAAGAGCUCAAGAAGAAAGCUGCACUCUUACAAAAGAAAGUGAAGCAAGCUGCAGAGAAGUUGAAGAUCGCAGUUUCAGCAAUCAAGGAGGUCCAAGAGCUAGUUGCAGGAAUGUAGAAGCUGUGAUUUGACUUAUCUAAAAAACUGAUGAUGAAGAAUAAUCUUUAUGCUGGUUUUUAAGGGAAAAUUGGGAAAACAUCCACUGGAGAAUUUAAAAUUUGAUUGUUUGAUUUUCAUUUAGGUUUUGUUUGUACGUUCGUAGGGAUUAGUGGCAGGUGCUACUGGUUCGUAAGCUUUUAUGACAAUAUCUUGUGUAGCUGUGACAUGGGAGAAAGUCACACUUUUGCGUUAAAACUCUUGUUAUUAAUUGAAUUUCUUUGUCGUCAA